AUGGCCCAGAAAUUGCUGACGAACCCAAAGUCAGGGAGGAGCUCCCAGCCAGCCAAUACACCAGCUCCAGGGGAUAAUCCACGUCCCGCUUCAUUCCGCACCGUACCGGUGCAAGAACGGUCACUCUGGCAGUCCUACGCAGUUCUACCCGCGCGAACUCGCUUGCACAUCUCAUUGGGUAUCACCGCCUUCGCUCUAGCAGGCAUUCUCAUGUCCAACCAGCUCGAGAAGAUACUGCCUCCCUCAAAGGAGGAUGCCGCUCGCCUCGCGGAAGGAACGCCAAAAGAGGCGCCGCCGCCUUAA